UAAUCAACGAUGUAAAACCACCCUAUUAUAGACUCUUCAUAUGUCACCACUCACCAACGACAAUAGCAACUCUCUCUCGCCGGAAAGCAGUGUCUCAUCACCAAGUUACAUUAUCAAUAACCACCACAUACCACUAUACCAGACUACCAGUAACAUUUCUACUUCAACCCCUCUCUCUAUCUCUGAGUCGCAACUCGUGACUCGGCCAAUCUCACUCACCUAAUCUUGACUCAGCAAUACACUGUCACUUGAAAACGCGCGCAAAGUUGACGGCAAUUCGACAACCACGAUUAUCAGUGGUGGUGGACUCGGCAGCAGCAGCAGGAAGGUCAUGGUCACUAGAGAAAAUUAAGGUCAAGAAAGACUAUCCUACUAUACAAUUAAGUUCGUGGAAGUUUUGGCCAAUAAUCAACUGGGUGAACAACCAGUAUAUGCCUUUGCAACUUUGUGUUUUGUUUCACAGCCUGGUCGCCUCAUGCUGUGCAUAGAUGUCUCUAAGAAAACCUCCACUUCCUCGUAUACUUCUUAACAAUGUAUCCUGCAUGCGGAAUGCCCAACAAAUUUUGCGUCAUGUGAAUGUAUCAGUUCAUGAUGGAGGUGCACUUGUGCUAACGGGAAGCAAUGGUUCAGGCAAAAGCACGUUUCUGCGCAUGUUAGCUGGCUUUUCAAAGCCUUCUGCUGGUGAAAUCCUUUGGAAUGGUCAUGACAUUACACAGUCAGGAGUAUUCCAUCAAUAUAAGCUUCAACUAGGAUGGGUUUCUCUUAAAGAUGCUAUCAAAGAGAAAUUUACAGUCCUGGAAAAUAUUCAGUGGUUUGAAGUUCUCGAAGGAAAAGAAGGGCGAUCUCUACCAGCAUUGGAGCUUAUGGGACUUGGAAGAUUAGCAAAGGAAAAGGCAAGGAUGUUGUCAAUGGGUCAAAGAAAAAGGGUGCAGCUUGCAAGAUUGCUUGCAAUUGAUCGGCCUAUUUGGUUGCUCGAUGAGCCAAGUGUUGCUUUGGAUGAUGAUGGGGUAAAACUAUUGGAGCAUAUAAUUGCCGAGCAUCGCAAGAAGGGAGGAAUUGUGAUCGUUGCGACUCAUCUGCCUAUUGAGAUUGAUGAUGCAAUGUACUUAAGGUUACCACCUAGAUUCCCAAGACGAAUGACUUUGGUUGAUAUGCUUGAUCGAAGUGACAUUGCUUGAUUGUGUGCGGAUGGGAUAUCAUUUUUUUUAUCAACUAUCCUUUUUUAAAUUUAGCUCGACUUCUUUUUUCCGGGCUCACUUGUGAUCAUUUGCGGGCUUGGGCCAGAUGAGCCAGUCGAAACCACGAUUUUUUGUCCAACAAGCACGUAUAAGUUUUGACUACAUAAGCAACAAUGGAAUUGGCUUUGGUAGCUAUAGUUUUUUUUUUUUUUUGAAAGUGGUAGCUAUAGUUGAAGAUAUGAAUUUUUGAUGUUGCGAGUAUGUUUGGGAAGUCUUAUUUGGAAAGGUCUGAUUUGUUACACAAUGAAGAAAUUCAUAUAUUCCAAUUUCAUUCUAGCCAUUCUACAAUUAAA